GUUUACGUUGUUUGGCGCGGAACUUCGGACCAGACCUGGCCGUGUGUUAUUACCGUGCUUCAGCUGUUCGCGCAGUUUAUAGUUAUAACUGUGUAAUUAAAUAACAAGUUAAUUUGCAUGCAUUAUUAACACCACCCGCUGAGGUGAUGCUGCGGCGGUGCCGUUACUGUAAAGUUAGCAUGCUGAGCUAACCGGCUAACUCUCAGAGAGUUUCUUUUGUUUGUUCUGUUUCAGUUUUUUCUGCUUGUACAAGUCAAACUCGAGGACCGUGUUGAGGCGCUGACAUUAACAAAGCUGCACGUAGAUAUCGGUUGAAUAUGAGCUGAGAAUGGCAGGACGAGGGCGCGGCAGAGGGAGAGCUCAGCUCAGUUUUCCUGUGGAGGCAGUGGGAAUAGGCAAAGGAGAGAACCUUCCACCUUCCACUGUCCAGCCAACACCACUGUUUCCUCCUUUGGAGCACAAGCCAGUGCCAUUACAGACAGGAGAAGAAGCAGAAUAUAUGCUAGCUCUGAAGCAGGAGUUCAGAGGAGCCAUGAAGACUCUGCCUUUCUACAUACGACCUGCUGCACCCAAAAAAGAUGUGGAGCGUUACUCUGACAAAUACCAGAAUUUGGAACCAUCUGACAACACCAUUGAAUGGAGCCCAGACUGGAAGCGCUUACCGAAGGAGCUGCGUGUGCGGGUGAAAAGGCCUCCGAGUGAGAGAAGCUCAGUCAUUUCCAAAAGCAGCAAACAGCCACAAGUGGACAAAGAGAUCAUCCGCAAACUGGAGACGCUGGAGAAAAAAGAGCAGGUGGUGAGUUCCGAUGAAGAAGAGGGCGAGAAGAAAAAAACAGAGGAUGAAGAAGCAGAAGGGGAGGAGGAGUAUGAUGAGGAGGAGUUUGAAGAGGAGACGGACUACAUCAUGUCAUAUUUUGACAAUGGUGAGGAUUUCGGUGCAGACAGUGAUGACAAUAUGGACGAGGCUGUUUACUGAUGCCGAACUGCAAAGCCACAAAUGAUAAGCUGAGUGAAUCUGAAUCCUCCAUGCAUUAAGGACUGGCUGGAUGUCUGAUGAUUCCUUUGGGCAGCUGAGUUUGUUAUACAGAAAUUCAUGGACUUCCCUUCACCACAAAAUUGGAUAAGAUAUCCAUUCGACAGCUUUUAUAAGUGAAGUGCAAAAAUCCUGAAACGCUGUAAAAUAUAAUCAACUUUAGUCUUUUAGUUGAUUUUUUUACUUAAGUGCCCACUUGGGGAAAAAAAAAAAAAAAAAAAUGUUAUAAAUGUAAUUAGCCAGGUUCAUGAAAAUGGAACAGAAAUCCAUUACCUUGUUUGAAUGAAUUGGUUGAAUUUAACACGAUGUUAAUAUAAAGUAAGAAAAGAUUUUAUUCCAUACCACAGAUUUGACCAAUCAUAUACAGUAUAAGACUGAGAUUUUCCAGUGUAUGAAAAUACAUACAGUACAUUAUUAAUGUGCUAGAAGCAAAUUGUAGCCAGGUAGGCUGAUAUCUGUAUGUUGUUUCUCAUUAAUAGUGACCUUUUGAACUAGUUUUAUCAUUUUUAUUGUAAUUUUAGCUAUUACACAGGAACAAGAAGCACACUUUAUAUACAUUUUAAAGUUUUAUACAAUGUGAAUACAAUUUGAAUAUUAAAACGUGUAGCAAUUUGGUAACAUCUGGGCUGAUUACUGAGUACAAUCAGUAGCUGAUUCCAAUACAACAAGUAAUAAGUUUGAGAUAGUGUGAUUGUUUUUCUUGCUGUAUUAGUAAUAAACACCUGUGUAUCAGUUAACCUAAACUUCCAUCCAUCCAUCAUCUGUAGCCGCUUAUCCUGUGCAGGGUCGCAGGCAAGCUGGAGCCUAUCCCAGCUGACUAUGGGUGAGAGGCGGGGUACACCCUGGACAAGUCGCCGGGUCAUCACAGGGCUGAUACAUAGACACAGACAACCAUUCACACUCACAUUCACACCUACGGUCAAUUUAGAGUCACCAGUUAGCCUAACCUGCAUGUCUUUGGACUGUGGGGGAAACCGGAGCACCCGGAGGAAACCCACGCGGACACGGGGAGAACAUGCAAACUCCACACAGCCACACCCCAAAAUCUAGUGGAAAGCCUUCCCAGAAGAGUAGAGGCUGUUAUAACACCAGAGGGGGAAUAAAUCUGGAAUGGGAUGUUUAAAAAGUAUGUGAUGGUCAGGUAUCCACAAACUUUUGACCGCAUAGUGUAUAUUAUACGCUAUUAUGCAUAUAGGACACUUUUGCAAUGGAAUAAAAACAUGUAUUCUGUU